UUCCGCAAAAAAAAAUAUUCUAACAAUUAAUUAAUUUUAGCCAAUGUAAUAAUGAUGUUGACAUAAAUUUAGAAGGGUCUAGUCCUAGAAUUUGUGCGUCAGUGUUCCUAAAGAGUUAAUGUCUGCUCGUUUCAUAAAAAACCAUUAAUAGGCUUUGCCGACAUUGGAAUGAUUGGGGUUUUUAUCUGCGGAUUUGCCGCCGUAGGCCUCUUGCGAAUUUUUUGAACGAGGGCGCGUGCGCAGUGCGGCGCUCAUUUGUUUUUCUCUCGGGGAUGUUUGUGUUUGCUGCUCGCGGACUCGAAUUCCUCUCGGAGCCAGACUGCCAGUUGGACUUUGCAGUGGCGAAAUGAGCGCAUUUCGUACGCCCAAGUGCCGGAGCUAGGGGUCGACACAAAGCUGGAUGGACCAUUUCGCGAUCGCGGUCGGAUUCGCUGCCGUUUCAUGUAGCCUGCACACGAGUGCGAUCGGAAGAGCCACUCGAUCCCAAGAUGGAGAACCACUCAGCAUUUCCAGACAGCACAACUAAGGAAAAGGUGACCUUUGUCGAAGGCGAAGAUGUUUUUGUCUCGCAAAAGGACGGUCGCCUCUACUUCGGCACUAUUGUACAGGUCGAAUAUGAGAAUAAAAGGUGCCUGAUCAACUUUGGAGAUGAUACAAAGCAGUGGUCCUUUUUCCACACAAUCAGGCGCCUCUCGAGCAACGUGGUCAGCGAUGGUCCUUGCUGUGUUGUGUGCAAAACUUCAGCCCCGAAGAACUGCCAGUCGAACGAGGUGGUCACUUGUGUCAAGUGUGACCGCGGCUACCACCAGAAGUGCCAUGUGCCAAGAAUCGAAAAUCCUCUGAAAAAAUUUACAUGCCAACGAUGCUCCGAGGAAGAGGAGAAGCGCCUUCAAAAAGAAUUGAGGGAGCAGAAGAAAAUCCAGCAGCAGAAGAUAGGGCUGUUGGAAAAGAAGGCCCGAAAGUCCUUUAGCAAACCUGCUAAAGAGGCCUGUUUGAAAGAACCUGCUGCCCUGUAUAGAAAAUUGGCCUAUGAUGCAACAAGUCUGACAUGGGACUCUGCUCAUAGAACCAACCAUGAGCAAAAGUACUGCUACUGUGGCGAGACGGGCCAGUGGUUUUUCAAAAUGCUGCAGUGCUUGCGGUGCAAACAGUGGUUCCAUGAAAAAUGUGUCAGAUCUUUAUCACACCCUUUGUUUUAUGGUGAUAGAUUUUUCGUGUUUGUUUGUGAAAACUGUAAUGAGGGCUACGAGUAUGUGAGGAGAAUGGAGAUAGGCUGGAUAGAUCUGGUCCACUUAUCCAUGUACAAUUUAACCUUGGUCAGUAUCAAAAAGUACCAUGACAUCGAAACAGUCAUCACUAGUUUCAUCCUCGAGAACUGGGACAAUUUCAACCUACCAGAUAAAAUCCAUUCGGCAAGUGUGACAGAGAGGAAGGAAAAGAUCUUCCGAAUCCUGCAGUCUGAAAAGCAGCGCUUCAAGUGGGGGAAGGAGGUGAAAAAGAAAACUACCCUGUACGCCCUGAGACUGAAAGUUCCUCCGUCUGCGCCUCCGUUCAAUGUGCCACUUACUGGAAGAAUAGACGACGCUGCCUUGAGACAUGCGAGUGAGUCGAAUCGCAGAGUCAAGUUUGUCUUCCCAUCCAACUCAAAUGCUAAGUACAAUAGCCAAAUUGGUGGAGUGCAGUUUCCAGAUGGAAUUACGUACUUGGGCAAAAACUCUGGAGAAUCUGUCACCUCAAAAUCUGACGCAACGGAUGGAAAAUUGUCGGUCAGUUCCGAGGCGAGUGUGGAUGACUCCGAGAGCUCAGAAGUAGAGGAAGAGUCUGAAGGGGGCAGUGUAAAGUGCAGACCAGCCAAAGGCACUCAGUUCGACGGGGAAUUCCAGAAGCGAAGAGCUUCCCUCAGAGCAACACCGGACAAGAAGGAAACCGUCGGUAGAAAAAGAAUGAGGUCUGAAGGCGGCCUGAAGGAAGGCGAGAAGGAAAUAAAAAACAAGACUGCACGAAAACUCAUUAAGAACGCCAUCAAUAAGAGCCAAAAGCUCUUAAAAACGUCGCCUUCGCGAGCCGACCGCAAAGAGCUGCCCAGCAAAACUCAGCUCAGCAAAGCAGCUUCUACUAACUCGACUCCAGUCAAGGAAGAAACCAAGGCGGCUUUGCAGGCAGGCAAAGAUUUCCUGAAGCAACUGUCGCAGUCGCAGCAGCAACAGACUGCAAAGAAAACGGCCGCCCCACCCUUACCAGUGGCCAUCAGACCGACGAAGAGGCAGCUCAGCGAGAAGGACAUUCGAAUCGGCAAAAACGGAGAGAUCAAGAGACGUCGCUUCCGGCGUCGAAACACGCUUCCGGGCACUAACAUUCCUGCCAGCAGUCUGCACGACCUCUACAAAAAGGAUCCGUCUGUACAGGGCAACUGCCGCACCACAUACCACCGUUCCGUAAAGGUGGCCAGCAUCAACCCAAGACUGAGUGGAACUCUGGUGGCGCGCUCGGGCCGCGACUUGAUGCAGUUUGCGCUGAACGCGGCGCGACUCAAGCUGAAGCCCACCGAGGAGGAGGAGGACGAGGAGGAAGUGGUCGUGGAAGCCCCGAGCACCUCGGCCGCCGCAAAGGAUCUGACGCCGGCCGAGCUGCGCAUGGCCAUCGGACACUACUUCAGUCCGGCCAACCGCAUCAUCAACGGCGAGAGCUUCAACAUCAACGGCAAGCGGACGAGGUUGGACGGCACGGUCGAGUACCUCAUCGAGUGGGACAGACCGGUGAACUUUUAAUCUACUCUUGUGAUAUAAAAGCCCCGUUUGCAAGGUUCGAUUCAAACCUGCCGAGACCAAUUCGGUUUAGUUCGAUCUAAGCUUAUCAUAUGUUUACCUUUUAGUGUAAAUACCAUUUCGUUGCGCAGUUUUUUUUAGCUGUGAUGUAUCUGUUAGUUAUUUUUUUUGUACCCGAACCGCCAAUGCCGAGGCUGAAAUCGGACAGAUUUCUUUAAAGUAAUUUUUUUUCCUUUUGAUUUCUUGGAUCGAAUUUAUUGUGUCCAAUUUCAGCCUUGCAAAUCCCUCUUUUGCUGUUUCGCCACUUAUAAUUUUUAUCCUAUUUUAGAAAUAUUAAAUUUGUAACAGUGCAUAACUAGGGCAUUAUGUUAGGUUCCUGUGCGUUUUCAUCCUGCCAAUUUUAAAGGCUCCUCUAGAACCAAUUUUGUUUGUACUGCUCCUUUUUUGUUCUUUUUUGAAAUUUGAAAUUCUCUCAAAUGGGCCUGAUUUUUCCCCAGACUUCCUGUUUUUCUUUUGGUUGAGUGAAUGCAAACUGAUUUUAAAUUGGGGGUUUUGAGCCUUUAAUCGCGCUUCAAGUGUCUUACUUGAAUAUUUUUGAAGCAAAGCUCAAACUGCUGUCAAUACACUGUAACUUGUGUUCAUGGUAUAUCAACGUAAAUUGCCACUUUGCUCUUGAUUGGUUUUUUUAAAAUUUUUAUUUUGGGUUACUUCUAUUAUGCCCACAAUUGUUUGCCAUCAAAACUCUCCAACGUUACUGUUUUUCGAAGAAAUUAUUUUUGCAGCUCACUGUAAAAAUCAACUAUCAUGUUUAAGAAAAAAUUCUCUCGAUUAGUGUUUCCCGUUGUUUUUCUCUUCCUUGAGAAUUUGUCGUCUGCAGCACCCUGUAGAAUGUUGAAAUUUAAUGUGCACUGACUGUUUUCUCUAACUCGACAGUUUCUGUUUCAUAAUCAAGUCUGAAUCUGUUUGUCCAACGUUUGACAGAAACGAACUGCAUUCCACGCUACUUUUGAUUACUCAUGUUCCCACGGCCAAUUUUGCUUUUCGAGCCUGCCAACAUCAUGUCAGAAGGACAGGCUGCUUUGGUUUUUCUUCACUAUUGUAAAAGGCGCUCAGAAGAGCUGAAAAAUGGAAUCACUGCCAAUAUUUUUAUAUAUAUACCUAGUCAAAUUUUGCAGUUGGAACUUUGUACAGAAUCCUGGAAAUGUGCACGUUGCUCUGAAAUCCUGAAUUUAAUCUGGACAAAUGCUUCUCUACAGUAGAAUAAAAAAAAAUGUGAAAAU